UUUCCAGUUUCCCUUUCCACCUCUCUUUUUUUUUUUUUUUUGGGUGGCUUUUACACUAGAAUCAAUACAUUUUUGGCUGCAGAGCAAUGUGAGAAGGACAAGGCCCGCGUUUUGGUUCAUUGCAUGUCAGGGAAGAAUAGGUCCCCAGCUAUUGUGAUUGCUUACCUGAUGAAGUCCAGGGGAUGGAGACUCAGCCAGAGCUACCAGUGGGUAAAAGAGAGGAGACCUUCUGUGGAAUUAUCUGAAGGUGUUUCCCAGCAACUGCAAGAGUAUGAGCGCAAGAUCUAUGGAGCGGUUGACCCUGGCGGCUCUCCUUUGUUUGGAUUCUCAACUCCAGCACCUCCUCCUAUUAGCUUUGGCUACCCAAGAGUUAAUGAUCCAGCAGCUCCUCUUCCUGCCUUUAGCAAUCCUGGCGCUACCUCAGUCUUUGCCCAAGCUCCCUUAGACGUGCCCCCGACUGACUUUACUUUUGGAGCCGGUCAGACUCAAAACAGUGUAAUUGGGAGCCCAUUCAACGCCAAUCCACCAAAUCGAACUGGCAGUGAUGCCCAGAUGGAUGGUUCUUGAUUCCGGCUAGAAUAAUUCACGAUGACCAGUACGGCAACUCUGAUGAGCUUUAUUAUCUGGAGCAUAGAGAGUGGUGAGGGUAAAAUGCUCAUACAUUGUAGCUUCUAAGACUUGGCUGGUGCUAAAUUUAUAGACUAAGGUAAAGUUUUUUACGUGUUUGUUAUCAAGUUUUUCAAUAAAAAUUUGACAUGUAAAGGAAAUCUGUUGAAAGAUCCAGUUAUGCAGUGUUGAGUUAUUAGAAACAUACACUUGUCAUAUUUUCAUUGUAUAACUUGAUAACAAUCACAUAAAAGUUGUACCCCGAGUUUAGGAUGCUGUCCUGCAAGCUGCCUUGCUUCAAAUCGAGAUGCGAAUGAUCACAAGUGACUGAUAGAUACUAUACAAGUUCAUUCUCUCUUAUUUAUUUUCGACUCAUUUCAUAGUUUCCUGGUUGUAGUAAUGAAUUACAGCUGAUUUGCUGGCCUGAUGUGCCUGCUCUUCUGCAGAGCCGCACUUGGAUUUUCCGGUUGUUAGACAUUACAAGCGGAAUUGUACAAGAUGAAAUAGGUUACGGUACUCUUUAUCUACGCAUUCGGUAUUGUGUUA